UCCGCCCCCUCUAUCACUCCACUCUCACUCCCUCUCUCCUCCCUCCACUCCACCUAGUUGCCCCCUCCUGCUUUAAUUCCCUCAAUCCUCUUUGUAGGACUGACGUCUGCUACAGUCACAAACAGAGCUAAGACAAGAGAGGAGAGUGGAGGAAAAAGAGUCUGGUAGACUCAGAAUCAAACUGCUCUUUGUCUCUCACACUUCCACUAGCUCAGCUCCCAGGGCUCUCCAGGACUCAGGGGGGGUGCUCUACCCUCACAGCAUCCUCUCCUCGCUCCUUGUUGGGGCUCACCUCACUGCCUGAGGCCGGGGAACAUCCAGGGGACAUCUAGGUGACACUCACUCAGCCUCACCCAGGACCUGGGACUUCAGCUCCAGCUCGGCUCUCUAAAAUCGGGUCCUCCUCAAAGGCCUUCUGAGCCUGCAACGUGACCCACCCUUCUUCUGUCUGACUGAGAGAGAGAGGGAACUGUCAUUCUAUCUCAGGCCUCAACUCCCAUGCACUGUAUCUGCAGAGAAGCUAGAAGACAGGAGAAUACCCUAAAGACAGAGACCAGAUGAUUUCAAUUUGUCCUACUGAUAUCGUCAUAAGAGAUAAGACACAGCAGUGUGAGUGUGUGUCUGUGUAUUUCUUAUAACGAGUGUGACACAGACCACUCUGUGUCAGCUGUGUGUUAGAGAAAGAACACACACUGGGGAAGACUUUUCUUGUGGCAUUUGAUGUGCAGAUGUGUGAGUGACAUGUCAGGUGUGUGACUCAUUGUAGUUGUCAGGUAUUGAAUGUGCAUUUGAGACGUGAGUGUGGCCUUAAGUGUGCGAGAGGCUUCGUUUUCCUCUGGAUUUCUCUGGGAUGGAGGGUCAAGGCUACGACAGGUUUGGUGAAGGUGAGCGUGACACCUACCAGAUCGACUACCGCCGUAUCGUUGGUGAUACCGAGCCUGCUAGGCCGCGUCUCUUGCCCCUCGAAGGGGAACACACACACCCCAACGCCAACACCCAUGGAGCCUACACACACACCAACCCUCACGGCCACGAGACAGCCGCGCAGAGAUACAGCGCCACACGCAUCCAAGCCGGAUAUGAACCUGAGAGCAUGGCUGACUAUCUGAUCAGUGGAGGGACAGGGUACGUGCCUGAAGAUGGACUCACGGCUCAGCAGCUCUUCUCUGUCGGGGACGGACUCACAUACAAUGAUUUCCUGAUUCUUCCUGGUUUCAUAGACUUUAACUCUGAUGACGUGGACCUGACUUCAGCUCUGACCAGGAAGAUCACCCUGAAGACUCCUCUAAUCUCGUCUCCCAUGGAUACAGUCACUGAGUCCUCCAUGGCCAUCGCUAUGGCUCUCAUGGGCGGGAUCGGGAUCAUGCACCAUAACUGUACUCCAGAGUUCCAAGCAAACGAGGUCCGCUUGGUCAAGAAAUUUGAGCAGGGUUUCAUCACAGACCCGGUGGUAAUGAGUCCUCACCACACGGUGGGAGACGUGUUCGAAGCCAAGGUCCGCCAUGGCUUCUCUGGCAUCCCCGUCACAGAGACGGGAAAGAUGGGAAGCAAGCUGGUGGGUAUCGUCACCUCCCGAGACAUCGACUUCCUUUCAGAGAAAGACCAUGACAAACCCCUGGAAGAGGCCAUGACAAAGAGGGAAGAUUUAGUGGUUGCACCAGCUGGUGUAACACUGAAAGAAGCCAACGAUAUCCUGCAGCGCAGCAAGAAAGGUAAGCUGCCCAUAGUGAAUGACAGUGAUGAGCUGGUGGCCAUCAUAGCAAGGACAGACCUGAAGAAGAACAGAGACUACCCUCUGGCCUCUAAAGACUCCAGGAAGCAGCUGUUGUGUGGAGCUGCCAUUGGAACCAGAGAGGAGGACAAGUACAGACUGGACCUGCUGAUGCAGGCUGGUGUCGACAUGGUGGUGCUGGACUCCUCUCAGGGGAACUCUGUCUAUCAGAUCAACAUGAUCAACUACAUCAAACAGAAAUACCCUGAACUACAGGUGGUGGGAGGAAACGUGGUGACUGCAGCACAAGCUAAGAAUCUGAUAGAUGCGGGUGUGGAUGCUCUGAGGGUGGGGAUGGGCUGUGGCUCCAUCUGCAUCACCCAGGAAGUGAUGGCAUGUGGGCGUCCCCAGGGUACAUCAGUGUACAAGGUGGCAGAGUAUGCCAGGCGUUUCGGUGUGCCUGUCAUCGCAGACGGAGGCAUCCAGACCGUUGGACACGUGGUCAAAGCUCUCGCUCUCGGGGCAUCCACAGUGAUGAUGGGGUCAUUGCUCGCGGCUACCACGGAGGCCCCGGGGGAGUAUUUCUUCUCGGACGGCGUGCGACUAAAGAAGUAUCGCGGGAUGGGCUCCCUUGACGCCAUGGAGAAGAACAGCAGCAGCCAGAAACGCUACUUCAGUGAGGGGGACAAGGUGAAGGUGGCUCAGGGUGUGUCAGGGUCGGUCCAGGAUAAAGGCUCCAUCCAUAAAUUUGCCCCCUAUCUCAUUGCUGGCAUACAACAUGGCUGCCAAGACAUCGGAGCCAAGAGCCUCUGCAUACUGCGGUCCAUGAUGUACUCUGGGGAGCUGAAGUUUGAGAAGAGGACCAUGUCAGCUCAGGUUGAGGGGGGAGUACACGGGCUGCACUCAUAUUAUUUUGUGCCAUUUAUGAGAAGCGGCUAUACUGAGGGAGGAGCGAGAAGAAGCACACGAGCAGCUCCCAGCGUACCCCCACCAGCAGCCACCAGGCACAACAGAAACAUGUGACCUACCUAUGUGACCUACCUACAACCACUACUCAAUUCAACCAUCACAUAACCUUUUGGCUAUACAUAAGACCGCUGACUCCUCUCUUCUCCUCCCACCCACUAUCACUCUCUUUCUCUGUGUUGUAAGAUGCUUUUGAGGGACCAUAAAGGCACCUCUGACUUGAUUGAUGUUAUGACAUAAUCUACAGGGACUAGGGACUAACGUUCAAUGGUCACAUGUACCUGGGUCAUGGCACAGAGCCAUCAGGCUGUAUAAGGUAUGUAGCGCAUGUAGAACUGUGAAUACUGUGAACUACUUUACGUACCCUGGAACUCUUUAUACCAGUUUUGGUUGAUCAUGUUCCUAUGUCUCAGAUGUAUUUGAAUGUAGAGUAGUGUUGAUGACCAUAUGGAAUAGCCUAACGGUCUGUUAGUGUGGCUCUACUGUAGAGAGGACCAAAGCCACGGUAGGCGUUAGCCUUCAAUCAGGGAUAACCACAGCGCCUUAAGACUGCACAUGGAGUCUAUACUGUGGAUAGUGCUGGAAUCUGUUUUUCAUUGGAUUCUCAUCAGUUUGAAGAAAAUAAAAAAAAAAGAAAGAGAACCACACAUUUUUUUCGUGUGAAGUUCACUAAGAUUUGGGAUGUGUUUUCAUUCAUGUUAUGUUGUGUUUUCUGAUGGCAGGGUGAUUGUACAGUGACUUUGGCCUAGUCUGUGGUGUUAAUAAUAUGAUACGAUGGAUUUGAGUGCAUUCGGAAAGUAUUCAGACCCCUUCACUUUCUCCACAUUGUGUUGCGUUACAGCCUUAUUCUAAAAUGGAUUAAAUUGUUUUUUUUCUCAUCAAUCUACAUGCAAUAGCCCACAAUUCCUGAUAUUUAAUCCUAGUAAAAAUUGCAUGUUUUAGGUCAGUCAAGUAAGUGAAAUGUCAGAAUGAUAGUAGAGUGAUUUAUUUCAGCUUUUAUUUAUUUCAUCACAUUCCCAGUGGGUCAGAAGUUUAUAUACACUCAAUUAGUAUUUGGUAGCAUUGCCUUUAAAUUG